CGCACAUACAUACUUGUCCCCAAGUUUUGUUUUCUCUCACAAAUAACAGCUCGACGUUCAGUUUUCUUGUUAAGCAUUAAACAUGUCCGCCUGUUUAGCGAACUUGCUGCGAUGACACGUCAGGGUCGCUGUUUACUGCGGAGCUCAUCGUCUCCAUGGUUACCGCGAUCGGAAAGAGCGCGCGCCGGUGCUGCUCGGCCUCGCUCACGCGUUCGCCGACUUUCCCCUUUUCGACCUUACAACUAAAGCGUACGUCUUUGUACUGUAUUAAUAAAGGGUUACCCGCACAGUGUGCGUCUGUCGCAUUCCCGAAGAAUGCCGCCCAGGAGCUCUUUGUAGUCGUGACCUUUGACCCGAGCACUGGGACCCAACCCCCUUCAGAGGAAGCUGCGGGGAAAACGCAAAAACGCGGCGCAUUGCCUUAUAAGGACCGUGUCCGCGCAUGCGCACGAGCGCCAGUUUUGUUUGAAGUGAAUUGCAGUUAGUCAGGGGAACUGGGCUGUGCAGCCAGAACCGAAUCGGCAUCGAAAACAAAACAAAACAAAAGCCACUCAACAGAGUAGUCCUAGAUGCGGCUGCCCGGGCCACUUGUCUCCGUCUGCAGGCUUCGUUGACUUGUUGGAUGCGGUGCGAUCACAAUGUUAGGGCAUCACUACCCGAGCGUGGAGAAGAGCCAGCUGGUGAGCUAUGUGGAGGAUUACCUUGAAUGUGUAGAGUCGCUGCCUUUGGACAUACAGAGGAAUGUGUCCCUGCUCCGGGAGAUCGACACCAAGUACCAGGAGGUGCUGAAGGAGGUGGACGAUGUGUACGAGAAGUACAAGAAGGAGACGGAUGGCAGUCACAGGAAGCGACUGCAGAACCAACUCCAGAGAGCCCUCAUCUGCAGCCAGGAGCUGGGGGAUGAGAAGAUCCACGUGGUGACGCAGAUGAUGGAGCUAGUGGAGAACCGCGCGCGGCAGAUGGACUCCCAUGCACACUGCUUCCAGGAGCCUGCGGAGGCAGAGAAGAGCGUGGAGAAGGCCAAGCAGGAGGCACCAGCCCCGGAGCGCUCCUCGGCCCGCAGGCAGCGGCGGCAACGCCACAGCGAGAGCCGCGACUCUUGCUACGGGGCCAACGGCAUGGACGAUCAGGGAGACGAGCCACCUCCCAGGGAGAAGAAGUCAAAGUCGGCGAAGAAGAAGAAGCGCUCGAAGGCACCCAAACGUGAAGCUUCGCCCGUGGAGUUCACGAUCGACCCCAACGAGCCCACCUAUUGCCUGUGCGAUCAGGUGUCCUACGGUGAGAUGAUUGGUUGCGACAACGAACAGUGCCCCAUCGAGUGGUUCCACUUCUCCUGCGUUGGACUGACUUACAAGCCCAAGGGCAAGUGGUACUGCCCGAAGUGUAGGGGGGACAGUGAAAAGACAAUGGACAAAAGCAUUGAAAAAACAAAAAAGGAUAGGCGGUCAAGGUAGUGGUCUUGCAACGGCAUACUCUGACAACAGUCCUGAUGAUGUGGUGUGUGAAUUUGGGUGUGUGAUGGCUUUUCUGCUGGUGGUAUUGGCAUAUUGCGAAAGCUCAGCUUCAUUCAGUUUAAGCUGUUGUAGCACUUAAAAAGAGAGAACCUGACUUUUGUCAGAUGGGUCUACAACACUAGUGCUUUACAGAUUUCACCAGAUUUAUUGUAAAAGGACUCUUUAAUGGUGAAAUGUCUACUGCCAGUGUCAGACCAUUUCCUACUUUCCAGACCUGUUUGUUUAUUAAAUUAGACAUCAGAGACCCAGCUGCUUGAAGUGAGCUCCAAGAGCAAGAGCUAUUACUGUACAAGCAAUUCUCUGUUUCACCAGGCCUUGUUCAAAAUAUUUGUGAGAACUUACAUUUACAAAACUUAAUUUUUUUUAUUGUUUUGUAAAGUGGGGAAA